AUGACUAAUCCUUCUGAUAACCCUGGUACACACCCACCAUGCUCCUCAUCUUCAACCAGUCCUCAGCCUAAGAAAAGAAUAGUAAAAAUACUUGCUCGCAAGACUGUGGCUGGAAGUGCGUUAUCAAAGAAAUUAAACGUACAACUAAAAGCUAGCCAAGACCAAGAACCCCAGAACUCUGACGACUCCUUCAAGUCUGCAACUGCGGGGGUAGAAAUUGGGUCUUCUGAUACUGAACAGGUAACCUCUAGCCGAAAUACUACUACUGAGGUCAUUUCUAAGUUGGCUGAAAAUGUGAGAAUAGAUAAUGUGGAGGAAAGUGUCAAGAAAAUAGGGGGAAGUGUGUCUGGAGAAGCUACUGAAGGACUGGUUAAACUUGGGCAGAAUAAAGUAGGAGACAGCUACAACCCCAAGAAGAAGAGAACUUCCAAGGCUAAGACCCCUGGCACUGCUAGGGCUAACAAGAAAAGGAAGGUUGCCCCUUCUGACACUGUUGAAAGUCCUCCCUCGCGAGGAAGAACCACAAGAAGUCAGCUAAAGCAGAAUGAGGUAGUGUUGCAAAGAACCUUAGAAGAAAACAAAAAGAAAAAGGUGGACAAAGGGAAGAAGAAGGUAGGUGAGCCUAGUAAGGCUGUUGAUGUUGAUGAGAUGGACCUGGUCCAUCAAGAUGAAGAUGUGAUUGCAGAAGUAGAGGUUCAUACUCCCAAGCCCAGGAAAGCCAAGACUUCCACUAAGAAGUCUACUUCUAUGUUAAAGUCUGUGGAACUAUCCACUUUGGCAAAAAGGACCAGGUCUGCAUUAAAAACCAAACAAGUAAAAAUUGCUGAAGAAGAGGAAUAG